AUGGACACCGAUGUGGUCUAGAGGAGCAGAGAGAAGGGAAGAUCUUGAGCGUCUUCAUACAUAUAAAUGCCAGCGGUAUUCGUAGUUUGUGCCACAGAUUCGAUACUCUUCAAAUCGGCAUCACGAUCCUUGGAGAAUCAUCAUCGUCAUGCAGUACACAAUACUGAUCCUCGCUCUUGUUGGCUCUGCCUUGGGGCAAUACGGAGGAUUCAGAGGUUUCAAUCAAAAUCUCUUUCCGCAAACACCAAAGCCUAGUUAUCAACAGCCGCAGUAUCAACCGGAAUACAACCCAUACAGUGGUCGGUUUAUAGCGAUUCGUAGUCAGCAACGUGAUUCCUUCCCGGACGGCUCGUACAACUGGAGCUACGAGACAGAAAAUGGAAUUUCAGCAUCGGAAACAGGUCGUCCUAAGCCUGGUGGUGCACCUGGACAGCAAGCCGAGGCGGUACAGGGUAGAUUCUCAUACACGGCACCCGAUGGUACACCUAUUCAAUUGGACUAUGUGGCAGAUGAAAAUGGCUUCCAUCCUCAGGGUGCUCAUUUACCAACGCCACCCCCAAUUCCAGAAGCCAUAAGACGUGCGCUAGCAGCCAAUCCAUCUGGACUAGACGAUUCAAAAUACGGACCGGCUUAUAAUCAAAUACCAUAUAGAAGAUAUUAAAAUCUUAUUGGGUGUCGGGGGCGACGCCAUUGCAACUUCCUCGGUGUCAAGGACACCGCGCGAUAGUUCGAACGACGUUCUUGCCUUUGGUUUCUUCCUUUUCUGCUCAGCUUUCCUAUAUGGAUGCAAGACCUCGUGUACGAACCUUCGAAAAAGAGAAAGAGAAUAAGUGAAUGUGUGAGAGAGAGAGAGAGAGAGAGAUAGAGAGAGAGAGAGAGAGAGAGAAAGAGAAAGAGGAAAAAUGCAUAGGUUCGCGCACCAAAGCGUCAUCGUUAUAUCUAACAUUUCUUUUUUUUUUUAUUUUGCGGCAGGAAGGAUGGUGACAUGACAUUUGCCUAAUCUAUAACAAAAAUUUCGUAAUAAAUCAAUAAAACUUUUAAUAACUUUGA